ACACCAUAUUCAACACUCAAUCAAUUUUGCGUCUAUUACAUGUUGCAAUUUGAAUGUACAGAUAACUGAACAUUUUGGGCUUUCAAUUGCUGCUUCUGACCUCACUGGAGAUUGUUCUGACCGGAAGGGGGAAAGUACAGAACAAGCGACAGAUGGCAGGAUAGCUAAUACCGUAAAAUAGCGAAGGUUAUACUUUCUGUCGAUCGAGGGCCUUACUCAAGCACAACCCGCACGUUGUUUGUGUUGAACAGGUCCUCAAGGUCGGCCAUGGUUGUAUUUUGGCAUUCCGCGCAUGGUUUUUAUACAAACACACUGUUCCCUUUGUGGCGUCUGCCUGAAAUGGCGCAUGAGCAAACCUUUGCGUUUUGACCUGAUCCUUCUAAUCGAUGAGGUUUAUAGGCAUUGGCCGAGAGUUCUUGUAGUUGUACGCAUCGUCCAGGUCAGCACAUCUGUUUCUGCCUCCAUGGUCAGCAUAAAGGAAAGAUGGAGAGAUAGAGGACGGAGUAAUAUUACCUUUUGACUGGAUUAUUCUGAAAUCAACAAGGGACAUCAUCAGAGAUAGCUGUUGUGCAUGUACAUGGACAUGUACAUGAACGGGUGACACUCAGUGUGCGGUGGAAGGUCCUCUGGACGACCGAGAGGUCAUAAAUCCCUCCUGCCCCUCGUGAACAUGUGGAGUUCCUACCGAAAGUGUACGGGCUGCACGGGCGUCUGCAAUGUCAUCCUCGGGUUGACGCUCGUCUUGCUGUGGGCCUCCUGCUACCGCUGGUGCCUGAGCCGGCUGGACGCGAGCAACGACCUGGCAGCGCCGCUCUGGCUUGGAAUCCUAAGCGUCGUGGUCGGUGCUUUCGGCCUGGUGGCCUCCUGUUUGUACUGGAAACGAAAAUAUGAGACGCUGCUCUGCACUCUGACGGUACCCGCGGCUCUCUGCAGCGGGGCGGGCCUUGUCCUCUCCGUCCACGCUGCUUUCCGGGAGUACCUGCUAUAUGAGUCCAUGGGGCGCCCUCUGGAGAGCCUCACCGAAGCCCUGCUGGGCGUGGUACUCUUCGGCGUCAUGGCCGCCCUUAGCUUCGCCCUGUUCCUGCUGACUGUCACGUGGGGUUGUACCUGCUUCUUCAAGCGAGUGCAGGGAAAGAGGCGGACAGACGAAGACUACGAUAUCGACGACGUGGAUGCAAUGAUCUGGGCCUACCAGACGGCGGUGAGCUCUCCUCAGUCAUCCACCGACCCGCGCCGUGUCGGCCCCCGCCGCUUCUACUCCACCAGCUCCAACCUGAUCAGCGAGAACGAGUCAGAGGCCCGGCCGGCCGCCUCCGACAACGCAUCCAAUAACACGACCGGGCGCGGGCCGCGAGAGUCCCCAGGGACCGACCCGGGCAAGGAAGAGGGGGAGGGCGUCGACGCCGCUGCUGCCGCCAGCUCGUCAUCCCCCAGGCUCUCCCCGGCCGGUCCGCGAUUCGCUUCGGUCACGGCAGCCGAGCUGCGCUGGUGGGAGUAUUACACACCGCCCACGGAGAAGAAUGGAUUCGGUGGUUUCUAGCUGCUUGCCACACUGCAAAAGUCCUCGGUGCGUUGUAACACCAUCCUCCCUCCGUUGAUUUGAGUAAAUCCGCAACUCAGAAACAGAGUUAUUGGUGUUUGCUGUAUUCCAAUUUUAUUGCAGUGCAGGAAUUUGCUUGUUUUUUAUUCGAUAUUAGAAUCACAUUUAAUGUUAUUAGAACUGGAGGACGAUUGAUAAAAUCGUUGCUCCCUGGAACUUGAUUUUUCAAGCCAGAGUUGGCCUAAUUAUUUAUUGUUUCAAAAAUACGACAAUAAAUACAAUUUUGGGGGUUCUGGUUCAUAAUCUAGCACCCUCUUCAAGACUACCCUGUUUGAGAGUGUCUUGCAUGAAAAACAAGCUUUAACAUUAAAAUAUACCGACAAAAUAAUAGAAAUAAAUGUACACAUGACUUCAUUCAAAAUUUAAUUAGAUAAAUAGCAUAUACGUUAGCCCCUUCACGCGGAACGCGGUGAAAUUUGAGUAUAACUAAGGUCAACUGAAAUAUAAACAGUAACUGAUGUAUUUCACAUGUUGUAUUUAUAGUAGUCUAUUGGUUUUAAAUAUGUAAGUCAAGCACGGUCGUCUAGCAUCCUAUAUGAUAUGACAUGAUGUUAGGUCAUUUCUAUUUGAGGAACGAACGGUGACCAUUUUACUGUGCCGUCAAUUUGCUCCAUUAUAUAAAUGCAUACACUAAAUGUCUUAAAAAAAGACCUGGAAAAUAUGAGAACGACAUAA